AUUGGCUGAAAAGUAGGUUAGUGGUGCGACAUUUAGUGAGGGUAGAAAGUAGGUCACGGACGCGGCUGUUUGUGUGAUCUCGGUGUGUGCAGCUGACGGUGAUCAACAAAAGACCAUGAUGAGUAGGUGACGGGCUGUAUUGGCCUCCAAGAAGGUUCUCACCUGUGGUCCUUCACCAAGACAACCUCUUUUAGAUAUUCCAAUGGCUGACCAAAGAAUGGAUAUCUCCUCAACCAUAAGCGACUUUAUGUCCCCGGGCCCCACCGACCUCAUAUCCAGUUCCCUCAGCACAAGUGGAAUGGAGUGUAACCGCAAGAGGAAAGGGAGCUUGACGGACUACCAGCUUGACAGUUUUUCUUUUGACCAUGGGGAAGGCAUGGAUACUGACAAGGAUGAUCCACAUGGGAUGUUGGAGUAUCCUGAAGGUCGGAUUAAAAACGCACGGGAGGCGCACAGUCAGAUUGAAAAGCGGCGCAGGGAUAAAAUGAACAGCUUCAUAGACGAGUUGGCAUCUCUAGUGCCCACGUGUAACGCCAUGUCGCGGAAGCUGGAUAAGCUGACGGUGCUGCGAAUGGCGGUGCAGCAUAUGAAGACACUACGAGGUGCUACAAACCCGUACACAGAAGCUAACUACAAGCCGGCCUUCCUAUCAGACGACGAGCUGAAGCACUUGAUUCUCAGAUCAGCGGAUGGAUUCCUCUUUGUGGUGGGCUGUGACCGUGGAAAAAUCUUAUUUGUGUCAGAAUCUGUUUUCAAAAUUCUCAAUUAUAGCCAGAACGAUCUCAUCGGGCAGAGCUUGUUCGACUAUCUCCAUCCAAAAGACAUUGCCAAAGUGAAGGAGCAGCUUUCCUCUUCAGAUACGGCUCCCCGGGAAAGGCUCAUUGAUGCAAAAACGGGGCUCCCCGUCAAGACAGACAUCACCCCAGGACCAUCGCGGCUGUGUUCUGGGGCCCGGCGAUCGUUUUUCUGCAGAAUGAAAUGCAAUCGACCUUCAGUAAAAGUAGAAGACAAAGAUUUCCCCUCCAACUGUUCGAAAAAGAAAGGAGACAGGAAAAGUUUUUGCACUAUACACAGCACUGGGUACCUGAAGAGCUGGCCGCCCACGAAGAUGGGAUUGGACGAAGAUAACGAGCCGGAUAGCGAGGGCUGUAACCUUAGCUGCCUUGUCGCCAUAGGCCGUUUACACCCACACAUAGUACCGCAGCCUGCCAAUGGGGAGAUCAGAGUCAAAUCCACAGAGUACGUCUCGCGGCACGCCAUCGAUGGGAAGUUUGUAUUCGUAGAUCAAAGGGCAACCGCCAUUUUAGGGUACUUACCACAAGAAUUAUUAGGGACGUCGUCGUACGAGUAUUUCCACCAGGACGACAUUGGGAACCUCGCCGAGUGCCAUAGACAAGUGUUACAGACCAGAGAAAAGAUCACCACAAACUGUUACAAGUUUAAAAUCAAAGAUGGUUCCUUCAUCACCCUUAAAAGUCGCUGGUUCAGUUUCAUGAACCCGUGGACCAAAGAAGUAGAAUACAUCGUCUCUACCAACACUGUUGUUUCGACAAACAUUGUAGACAGUGGAGAGUCCUUCUCUCACUUGUCUGCCUCUCCGCCCAGCAUGGACAACGUCUUACAGUCAGGGGAAGGUGGCACGAAGAGGCCCCAUCCGGCAGUCCCCGGCCUCCCUGGGGGAACGCGAGCCGGGGCCGGCAAGAUAGGCAGGAUGAUUGCUGAGGAAGCCUUAGAAAUUCACAGAAUUAGGGGGUCCUCCCCAUCAAGCUGCGGAUCGAGUCCCCUGAACAUCACCACCACCCCCCCUCCAGAUGUCUCCUCCCCCGGGGUUAAAAAGAUUUUAAAUGGCGGUCCCCUGGACCUCCCGAGCUCCGGAUUAGGACCCGGGCAGCUGCAGGACAAUUCCGGCUUCCCGUAUUCCGACAAUUCCUCCAUGAUGGGCGAGAACUCCCAGAUGGGGAUCGACAUGAUAGAAACGGACCACGGAUCGAGCAGCCCCAGCAACGACGAGGCAGCCAUGGCGGUGAUCAUGAGUCUCCUGGAAGCAGAUGCAGGACUCGGCGGCCCGGUGGAUUUCAGCGACUUACCCUGGCCGUUGUGAAUGGGGGACUUCUCCAGACCACUCAUCGUCCGCAAGCAUCAAAGUGCAUUAUGGGAGCUA